UCGGUGGUCCGGUUGUUCGAGGUACUGGAUGGAGUACUCGACAGGAGCACAGACUCCGACAUCGAGCAUUCCAUGCGGCCAAACUGCACAUACUCCAGCGGCCAGCCUGCCACUCCGAGCACAGCUCAGGUGCCACAGCACAUGAUGCAGAUGUCACCGUUGCCACCGAUGCCACCACCUGGAUACUACCCACCGGGGUAUGAGUGGCAACCUCCGAGUUGGAAUUACGCACCGAGGCAGCCAAGUGCGAAUCCAUUCCCUGGACCAGGACAGAGAGCCUGGUUCACCAAGGAACAUCUCGAGCUAAUUGAGAAAUGGAAAACCUGCGACGUUGCGGAAGAAUCAAAGAAGAUCGGACAAGUAGAAUCGAGUGGCAGAUCGAACACCACCAAGAACAAGCGAGGAAAGGUGAAAGAAGACGAAGAUAGCGAAAGCGAAAUUAAGACUUGGAUAUCAAGUACAUUCAGUACGCCGCUUAAGAAGAUUGCAACGAAACUUGAGGAUGUCGACAAACGGACCGCGACGGCAUUGGAGGAACGUGAGAAGGUUAAAAAGCGGGGAGAUGGAGUCAAUCUUGAGGCGGUGAAAGUGGAGAACGGUAAUAGUGAAAAGGGAAAGAGAGAAUUCGCGUCACCUAUCGCGGCGAGAUCUAAAAGCAACGCCGCGAUCGAUGAAGGGAAGGAACCAAGUAGUACCAGGAAAGAAAUGGACAAGUUAGAUGAGAUCAAAGGCAUUCUCGUCAAACUUCUGGGGAAGAUGGGUACUAAAGAUUACGGGGAAUUACGUACGCGCGAAGAGACGAAGCAGACGGAGGAUGUAAAAGGGAAAGGAAAUAUGGACGAGGAAGAAAACAAAGAAAAGGAAUCGGACACAGAUAUUGGUCGAAGCAGUAAUCGCCAGACUGAUCAUGACGAUGUGAUGGAGUAUAUGAAGUGCAGGCUAGACUGUUAUAUGACCUUGAAGUGCAAGGAGAUUCGGGAACUAUACAAGAAACGAGAAAUCGAGUGUGAUCGUAAAGACAAGGCCGCAUGGGAGCUCGCCAAACAAGAUACCGAGUUGUUUUCCAAGUUGGUGAACAACAUAGAAGAGGAAGAGAGGGAACUCUCCGAAGAGGAGGAUGACGACAAGGAGGAGAAGGACGACUUUGGCGAAGAAGAAGAAGAUGAUGUGACGCAAAACUAAGUAGACUAACUGCCCCUACAAAACGAUGUCUGCUUAGGCUGCUAUGGAGACU